AUGUGGAAUUAUAUCGUGGAUUUGGAUUACUAUGUUUUUAACGUGGUGAUUCGCUGGACUUUUGCCAUGGGACUAUGGACUCCAAAGGAAAUCCGAUUUGAAAUUCGAAGAAUGAUUGCAGUGGCGAAUUCAUUGCAAGACAGUACUGAUCAAAUCACUAGGUCAAGCUGGUUGGAUCGCCAAACUGCUAAAGUGAAGAAACGCAAACGGAGAUACAAUCAUUUCAAGCGCAAGAUCAUGGCUAUGACUGCAGUUGAAUCUCCAUUGCACAUUCAUGAAAGUACCAAUUCUGAAGGAGAACGGAUUUAUUCCAAUCGUGCAUCAUUUGAUACUGACUCUUGCCAAGUUGGUAUUGAUAAUCGCGCGAGUGCUUGCAUCUCUCACAGAAUUAAAGACUUUGUUGGUCCUUUGGUAAAGGUUAACCGAUCUAUCAAAGGUUUUGGUGGAGAACGUGUCAUGAAUGUCUAUCAAGGCACCAUUGUGUGGAAAUGGCAGGACAAUGAUGGGCGAUUGCAUCGAUUUCGAAUUCCCAACUCUUACUAUGUCCCCAAAGGAAACUGUCGACUUCUCAGUCCCCAACAUUGGGCUAAGUCGCAGCUUGGAAGGGGGGUAUCAUCAAUCACACAAUAUGGAAUUGGUGAGACAACCACUUUUGACAAGUGUGUUCUAUUUUGGGAUCGAAAGAAGUAUUCUUUGGAUGUACCCCUUGGUCGCACCGACAAUGUUGCCACCUUCUAUUUGGCACCUGGCUUCAAACGAUUUGACCUCUUUUGUCAAGAAUGCAAUUUCGACUAUGACAAGAGUGAGGAGGAGCCGAUUAUUAUCUCUCCAGCCGGUGUUGUCAGUGAUAACGAAGAAGACGACGACGAUGAUGAUGAUGUUCUUCCACCAGACCCCCCUCCAACUACAGCCACUACCUUUUGGUCCCGACUGACUACCAAAUUUCGCCGUCCGAACCACAAGGCCAAGGCCCCUCAAACUCAAGCUCGCGAAGCAGCUUUUGACUUGGAUGGACCAACUACAGAUGGUGCACCCAAACCGGCGGUGAUAGCCGAGGAGGAGGAGAAACAACCAACAACAGAUAGCCAGCAACUACUACGGCUACACCACCAAAUGGGUCACAUCUCUUUUGCGAAACUGCAAAGCAUGGCAAAGCAAAAUAUCAUUCCACGAAGGUUGGCCAAUGCUGAUAUUCCAAGAUGCACUGCCUGUUGUUUUGCCAAAGCUACAAGACGACAAUGGCGGGAGAAGAGGAGAAAGCAUUGGACAAAGGAACAAACUGUAACAAGACCUGGAGAAGUCAUUUCAGUUGAUCAACUUGUCUCGCCUUCACCUGGAUUGAUUGCCCAAAUAUCUGGCACAUUGACUAAGAAGCGAUACAAGUACGCUACUGUUUAUGUCGACCAAUAUUCAGGAUUGAGCUUUGUUUACUUGCAGAAAACAGCAACUGCGGAUGAGACCAUUGAAGGCAAGAAAGCAUUUGAAGCCUAUUGCAAGCAACAUGGCGUGAGAGUUCAACACUACCAUGCCGACAACGGAAUUUUCAGAGCACAUAAAUGGGUUGACGAAUGCCGGAAGAUGGAGCAAGGACUUUCUUUCGCUGGAGUAAAUGCACACCAUUCCAAUGGACUUGCUGAGAGAAGAAUCCGAUCACUACAGGAUCUUGCUCGAUCAAUGCUGAUACACCAACAUAGAAGGUGGAGCAUGGCAGGUACCGUUCAUCUAUGGCCUUAUGCUCUGAGAAUGGCAAAUGACGCAAUCAAUGAAUCGCCGAACCUCAAGGACAAGCAAGGACGCUCGCCAUUGCAACUAUUCAGCAACUCUCAAGUACAAUUGAAUGAGAAGCAUUGGGUGCCUUUUGGUUGCCCAGUCUAUGUUCUGAAUACUGCAUUGCAGAGUGGAAAAGGGAUUCACAACAAAUGGGAGUAUCGAUCCAAAGUGGGCAUAUAUCUUGGGCGAUCUCCAAACCAUGGUCGAAACAUUGCAUUGGUCCUUGAUAGGACAACUGGGCUAGUGUCACCUCAGUUCCAUGUGAUAUUCGAUCGAAGAUUUCAAACCGUCAAAGAAGACAAAUUUGAUACUCAAUGGCAACGAAAGGCAGGCUUAGUCCAGCAUGAUAAACCGGACAAUUCAAAGCGAAAGCAAGCCUCGACAAUGGAGUCAGUCGAUCCUAAAACACAGGAAGUUUUGCCAGUUUCAGAGGGAGUCCAACCGCCAAAGAAGAAAGCGAGAAUGGAUGAUGAAGUAUCAAAGCCGGAAAAACACACACAGUUCGAGAUGCCGACCCCUGAUGGCCUCGACAAUGGGCUGCAGCCAUCCCCAUCCAAUGAUAGUCAAAUGGAUGAACCAACAAAUAACAAUGACCCACCAUCAAAUCCAGGAGCAGUCAGCGAUGCAGACACUGGUCGCCCUUCAAUUUUCGAGGAGGAGAAAGAGAAGGAGCGAGUUCCCGAAAGCCAAAGGGAUCCCAAGUCAGCGCAGCAUCCUCAUCCGGCUGAGGAUAUCAUUAAAGCAAUGAAGGCAGAACUAUCGAGAGCCACUGUGCAUGACGUUGAAGGAGAAAUAUUCUGCCUCCAAGCAAUGUUCCCCAAUUAUGCAGGAGAAAUGGAGCAGGACCCGCUAAGUAUUUAUAAAGCAACCUCGGACCCAGACACAAUGUACAUGCAUGAAGCCAUGCGAGAAAAGGAUGCCCAUGAAUUCAAGAAAGCAAUGAAGAAAGAAUGGGAAGAUCAAAUCAACAAUGGAAAUUUCAGUGUGGUACAUCGAUCGCAGGUUCCAGAGGGAGGCACAAUACUACCAGCGGUGUGGCAAAUGAAAAGAAAAAGAGAUAUCAAGACAAGAACGAUCAAGAAGUACAAAGCGAGAUUGAACAUUGACGGCUCAAAGAUGCAAUAUGGAAAACAUUAUGAUCAAACAUAUGCUCCAGUUGCGAGCUGGAACUCAAUCCGAACUUUGUUGGUCCUAUCAGCUCUUCUUGGUUGGCAUACAAGGCAAAUUGAUUACGUCUUGGCGUUUCCACAAGCACCAGUUGAACGUGAAAUUUACAUGAAAAUACCUGGUGGAUUCGAAGUGUCCAAGGGGAACACAAAAGAUUACGUGUUGAAACUCCAUCGAAAUGUAUACGGCGGAAAACAAUCCUCUCGUGUGUUUUUCAAGUUUCUGUCACGCAAACUCAUUGACGAAGUCGGUUUCAAGCAAUCCGAAGUUGAUGAAUGUGUGUUCUAUCGAGGAUCUGUGAUGUAUGUAUUGUACACAGACGAUUCAUUAUUGGCAGGUCCUGAUUUGAAGGAAGUUGAGCAGGCAAUUGAAGACAUUAAAGCCGCCAAACUGGACAUUACGAUUGAAGGAGACAUCCAAGAUUUCCUUGGUGUUAACAUUGAACGAAAAGAAGAUGGUACAAUCCAUCUCACACAACCACAUCUUAUUGACCAGAUUCUUGAAGAUCUACGGUUGGAAGACAAUGCCAAACCAAGAUCGAUUCCAGCUCCGUCAUCCAAACUACUGUCAAGGCAUUCUGACUCUCCAGACUUCGAUGGAUCAUUCAACUAUCGAUCAGUGAUAGGAAAAUUGAAUUAUCUCGAGAAGGGAUCUCGAUCUGAUAUUGCGUACAUUACUCAUCAAUGUGCGAGAUUCUCGAGUUGUCCAAAGAAGGAACAUGGAGAGGCCAUUCGAUGGUUAGGUCGAUAUCUGAAAGGCACGAAGGACAAAGGGACUAUAUUGAAACCAGACAAAGAGAAAGGUAUUGAAGUAUAUGUUGAUGCUGACUUUGCAGGAAAUUGGGAUCCAAAUGAAUAUGAGGAUCGCGAUACUGCAAGAUCAAGACAUGGAUAUUACAUCACCUACGCUGGAUGUCCCAUUGUUUGGAAAUCCCAGAUGCAAACAGAGGUAGCACUCUCAUCGACCGAAUCAGAAUACACUGGACUAUCUUAUGCACUCAGAGAAGCAAUUCCUAUCAUGAACCUUUUUCAAGAAAUGAUUGAUAAUGGGAUACCUCUGGAAACUUCAAAAGCGAAGGUGCAUUGUAAAGUUUUUGAGGACAACAGUGGGGCAUUGGAAAUUGCGAAAGUGCACAAGUUUCGACCAAGGACAAAACAUUUGAACAACAGACUACACCACUUCAGAUCAUACAUUGGUGAUGGACCUUGCAUGAUAAGUAUUCACAAGAUACACACACUGGAUCAAAUUGCAGACAUACUAACAAAGCCAUUGAAUGAAGCGAGUUUUGUCAAGUUCAGAAAAUUGGUACUUGGUUGGUAA